AUGAGUAUCAACCAAGAACAACACUCUUCACUCGCAACCCUCCUCUAUCCUCCUGGUACAGAUGCGAGGGGACAAGAGGAUGCGGAGAGUCAUCUGUUGGAUUAUCUAGAACAUGAUUAUCCUCAUACCGAGACUGGAGAGGUCUCCACGCAUCAUGUACGAACAGACCAACCUCCCCUCGCACCAUUACCAGGUGAGAAACCACCACCACCCACCGGGACCAGCGGAGUAUCCUCGCCUGCACAACAUCGAACCCCUCAACCAUCUUUCACAGCCUAUCAGCCAGGCGAGAUACCUCGAAGUAGGCUCGAACGAUCCACCUCACCUUUGAACCCUACUAUACCCAUACCUAACACUCUCGCUCGACUGGCUUCUCAGACAAUCUCAAAUUUGUCGUUACCCGACCCUACCCUUUUGAAAGGUCAAGAGGAGAUUGAGCAAGCUGCGUUGUUGGCUGAUCAAUAUGAUCGAGGAGAGAUGGGUGGUAAAAGAAGGAAGUUACCUCAUGAGAGAGCUGGUUGGGCAGAGAUGGAUCAACAACAACAAUCAUCUCAAUCGAACCCGAAUGGAGUGAAAAGAAGGAGAACUAGAAAAUCAGAUCAUAACGCGGUUGGAACAGAAGGACAAUAUCCGAUUCACGUCGAAAGUCUAUCUUCUACGACGAACAACCAGAGUAAUCUGAGAAACGACAAACCCCCUAGUAACGGCACCGGUAACGGUGUUGAUCCCUCAAAUGCGAGCAAGUACGAGAAUGAUUUUAGACAAUUGACUGAAUUGAGUCAUACGAUACUGAAUCAGGAUAUCGAUAAGACGUUCGAUUCUCUGGCUUCAUCUUCUGUUAAUGCGAAAGACCAAGCUCAACCUGGUUCGAUCUCUGCUUCAGCGAUUGAUCCUGCUUUGUCCGCUUCACCUCAUGGUCAAAGUGAGGGGACUUCGAGAGACGUCGAAGCUCAGGCUGCACAAGAAAGUCCCGAUCCCAAACUAUCUAGGGCAGAACAGAACAAACGUGCUCAGCAAGCAUUCCGAAGAAGGAGAGAGGAACACAUGAAGAAACUCGAGAGGGAUUCUGCUCAAUUGGAAUUGGUCAAGAGACAGAUGGAUCAGAAAGAUGUCCUGUUGAGGGAUCUGGUCUUGGCCCUCGAAUCAUCCAAAAUCGAGACUGCCGCUUUACGCUCAUCUAUCCGAUUCCUCAUUCCUCAUUCAUCCGUAUUCCCUCUGACAGAACAAGGGACUCUCAACCUCGGUGAGGAAGUGAAAAUCAACAAUGACACGCCCGUGUCUGAAGAAGACGUAUUGAAUGCUUUUGAGUUGUUGGAGAAGCAGGCUAGGGAAGUUGCGAAAAGAAACCAUGCUAGAAGGGAAUAA